AGACGCUGACAGAGAGGAGCACAAACCCAAGUAAAGGGGGGUUGAACCGAGGACGUGUGGCUUCUUGUAAAAAGUGGCAUCUGUGUGAGGACGUCCUGUGCUGCUCAUCAGCCUCACAACCGGCGAGUCUGUCGCUCACUUAAUCCGGAUUCUAACCUGCUUUAAAGUUCUUCAACCAUGAGGACAAACGUAUGGAUUUACCAGGCUUUGGUGUGCGUAGUGGUCACUGUACUGGACACAGGCUUAUGUAGAAAGACUCACCAGUCGUUACAGAAGUAUGAGAAGACUGAGAAUCACAUGCUGGUUUGCACAGACUGCCCUCAGCCCCCUUUGGUACGAAACAGCCGUUCGCAGGAACACUGCGCCCGCAAGUGCAAGAAGGUCAAGAAGAACUUCACUUGCAGGGCUUUCAACUUUCAGCGGCACAACAGGAAAUGCCACUUGCUUCCCUUUGACAGAUUUACCCACGGUGUGCAGAGGCAGGCCAACGUCAACUUUACUUUGUACGAAAAAAAAGAUUAUAUAAAGGAGUGCAUCAUAGGCACCAAGGACAACUACAGAGGGAGGAGGUCCUGGACAAAGUCAAACAUCACUUGCCAAGCUUGGGCAGAUAACAACAUCAACGAACACACGUUUUAUCCUGAGAGGUACCCAACGCAAGACCUGAGGGAGAACUUCUGCCGGAAUCCCAACAACGAUCCCGGUGGUCCAUGGUGCUACACCACAGACCCCAAUGUCCGAGCUGAGGAGUGUGGCAUACCAAAGUGUUCAGAGGAAAUCUGUAUGACGUGUAAUGGGGAAGAUUACCAGGGCAAAAUGGACCAUACAGAGAGUGGCAAGGAGUGCCAGCGAUGGGACUCAACGAGACCUCACAAACACCACUUCCAGCCCAAAAAGUAUCGGGACAAAGAUUUAAAGGACAACUACUGUCGUAACCCAGAUAAUCGUCUGCGUCCUUGGUGCUACACCAUGGAUCCCAAAACUCCGUGGGAGUACUGUAACAUCACUGUGUGUGAUUCUGACUCAAGUGAGGACACAGAUGUCAAUGUAACAACAUCCUGUGUCCAGGGAAAGGGCAUAGAUUACCGAGGCACAAUGAAUGUCACUCCAGAGGGUGUGACGUGUCAGCGCUGGGAUUCCCAGUUUCCCCAUAACCACUCCUUUCUUCCUAAUAACUUCAAAUGCAAUAUGUGUAUGUGUUAUAGAGACCUCAGAGAGAACUACUGCCGUAACCCCGAUGGUGCAGAUUAUCCAUGGUGCUUCACCACAGACCCUAAUCAGAGGAUAGCGAACUGCACCCACAUCCCCAGGUGUGAUGCUGAGGCAACACAAAAAAUAGGGUGUUAUGAAAACAACGGAGAGACGUACCGGGGCACUUUAUCUAUAACUCGAUCGGGGAUUCCCUGUGCAGACUGGUCACAUCACAUAAUCAGUGGGGAUUCUCACUCCACAGAAUCCCACGUGGGGCUGGAGAAGAACUACUGCCGGAACCCGGACCGAGACAAACAUGGUCCCUGGUGUUACACCAAUCCAAAUAACCGUUUGGUCUGGGACUACUGCAAACUGAAGCACUGUGAAUCAGUUACAGUGGCUCCUCAAACCAACACCCUAACUAGGCCAAAGAUAUCAUGCUUUGUGCAUAUAAACACCAGAAUUGUCGGAGGACACCAAGUGCAAGGUACAGAUGGCAGCUGGGUUGUGAGCAUCCAAAGAGAGAAUGUCCAUUUGUGCGGGGGCUCACUGAUCAGAGAAGACUGGGUUUUGACAGACCAACAGUGCUUCACCUCUUGUGUUCCAGAUCUCAAGGACUACAGUGUGCAGGUUGGUCUGCGUCAUCUCAAUGAAUCCUCAAGACACCCGAGACUGCGCAUCUCUCGCCUGAUCUGUGGCCCAGAAGGAUCCAACCUGGUUAUGCUGAAAUUGGCUGAUCCUGCCCCUGUGUCUGAAGGUGCCUCCACCAUUCAUCUUCCAGUAAAAGAGUGUCAGAUCACAGAAGGCACCAACUGCACCAUGUAUGGAUGGGGGGAAACCAAAAAUACGGGAUACGAUGAGACGCUGAACGCCGUGACCAUGCCCAUGGUCAACAACGACAUGUGCUCACAAAUCAAAGGGGACGCCGGGGAAAGCAGAAUAUGCGCUGGUGGAAAGCGAGGAAAAGGAGUGUGUGAUAAAGACUAUGGCGGUCCAUUGGUUUGCCAGGAACAUGAGCGCAAAGUCAUCAUCGGUGUGAGUAUCCAAAGGACAAAAUGUGCCUCAUCGCAGCCUGCACUUUUUGUUAACGUUGCUUUCUACUCUGAAUGGAUAUACAAAGUGUUCAAACUUUACCCCAAUUUGGAGAGGAACUGAUGAUGUGGUGUGAAAACCAACAUACAUGACUUGACCACAGCCUGUGAAAGCAAGGGUGGCUUUUGGGCCAGCAAAUUCCCAGACCUCUCCAGCAUGGACCAAAGGGGAGAAAAGAGGAAAAUCACCUUACGGAAAGUGGCCAUUUUGGGAUCUUGCGGCUGAAUUUGUCAUUUUACAGAGAGAACAGAGAUUUGUGAUUGAACGCUGGAUAAACCAAAUGGAAUUUCAUCCAUUCUUCCACACUCUGCAAAUGAAGACACACAGUUUGUUAGCCUUAAUGUCAUUUUUAAAA